AAAACACCCAUGUGAUCAGUUAAAAGAGCUUUACAAUGAUAAAAGUGAAAAAGUUUUUAAUCCAUGCCAAAAAUUUAUUUAUCCAAGCUUUCAUAAUCAAGAGACAAAUUACAGAUAUAAGGUAUGUGAAAGCGUUUUUAAUAAAACUACAAGAAUUCCUGAACUCCAGAGAAUUAAUUUUGGUGGGAAGCCCUACAAGUUUAAAAAAUAUGUAAAAGCAUUCAAAGAUCCCUCAAUUGUUUAUCAGAGCAGUGAUAAAUCCUCCAUAAGUAAAAAAUGUGAAAAAAUUUUUACUCAAAUUCCAUCCAUUACUAAAAACCAUAGGCUUUACAAUGAAGAUAUACCCUACAAAUUGAAGAAAUGUGAAAAUAUCUUUAAGUGUUGCUCAAACCUUUUUAAACACUACAGUAAUCAUAGUGGAGAGAAAAUCUGGAAAGGUAAAGAAAGUGUCAAAGCUUUUAAUCAAAAAUCACACCUUACUGAACACCAGAAAAUUUAUACUGGAGAAAAGCCAUACAAAUGUACAGAAUGUGGCAAAGCUUUUCAUCGAAAAUCACACCUUAAUCAACACCAGAGAAUUCAUACUGGAGAAAAGCCAUACAAAUGUAAAGAAUGUGGCAAGGCUUUUAAUCAAAAAUCGUGCCUUCCUCAACACCAGAGAAUUCAUACUGGAGAAAAGCCAUACACAUGUACAGAAUGUGGCAAAGCUUUUAAUCGAAAAUCACACCUUACUCAACACCAGAGAAUUCAUACUAGAGAAAAGCCAUACAAAUGUAAAGAAUGUGGCAAAGCUUUUAGUUACAGAGUAAGCUUUACUCAACACCAGAGAAUUCAUACUGGAGAAAAGCCAUACAAAUGUACAGAAUGUGGCAAAGCUUUUAAUUAUAGAGUAAGCCUUACUCAACACCAGAGAAUUCAUACUGGAGAAAAGCCAUACAAAUGUACAGAAUGUGGCAAAGCUUUUAAUCAUAGAGUAAGCCUUACUCAACACCAGAGAAUUCAUACUGGAGAAAAACCAUACAAAUGUAAAGAAUGUGGCAAGGCUUUUAAUUCAAAAUAUUACCUUAGUGAACACCAGAGAAUCCAUACUGGAGAAACGCCAUACAAAUGUAAAGAAUGUGACAAGGCUUUUAAUAAAAAAUCAGGCCUUACUCAACACCAGAGAAUUCAUACUGGAGAAAAGCCAUACAAAUGUAAAGAAUGUGGCAAAGCUUUUAAUUAUAAACUAAGCCUUACUCAACACCAGAGAAUUCACACUGGAGAAAACCCAUAGAAACGUAAAGAAGGUGAUAAAGCUUUUAAUAAAAGACAACACCAGAGAAUUCAUACUGGGGAGAAACCAUACAAAUAUCAAUAA